CAUUUGCCUAUCUAAAAGCUAAAUAAAUUAUUAAAAAUAAAUUUGUGUCAUGUCACCCAUUUGCCGGGUAAUUUUAAUCCACGUUUACCUAAUGUGUUGUGAAAUUUAAUGGACGAUGAUGGAAAUGGAUUUAUAACGGUUGUAUCGAUUUACGUGAAUUUGUCGGUUAGAGUAUGAGGUCCAUAUGGACUAGAGUACGAGAAUCGUGUGGCAUUAAGGCGGAUCCAGCGCAAGUCCAAGGGACAGGAAGCGGAGAAGGAUCACCGGAAGUAAAACCAACUGAAAAUCCUAAAGCAGUUGUAAAUGAGGAAGUGAAAUCAGUUGAAAGCGCUACUAAAACAGAUACCGUACAAGAACAAGCUGUUCCAAAGGCGGAAACAGUGCAAAUAGCAACUCAAACGUCUGUCUCCGAAGCUACUAAAACGGAUGAAGUUCAGCCAAAAGCAUCUGAAGAAACAAAAGAACCUACAUCAGUUUCCGUUCAAGCGACAGGAGUAGAUGAAGUCAAGCCAGAUGAAUCAACAUCAGCUAAAGAUGAAACGCAGCCGAAAGUAUCUAACGAUUGGCAACAAAGAGAACAAGAACUUCUCAAUAAGAUUGACGAAUUAGAGAAGUUUAAGAAGGAAAGGACAGCAGAUGGUUUUAAGUUAGAACUGAAAGUACGUGAGGAAGAAAUAGAUCUCCUAAAAGCUAGAGUUAAGAAUCUAGAAACGGAACUACAAGCGGCUCUAUCUAAGCCCGGGAAUAAAAACCACGAGUUGGUUGAGAAAAUUAAGCAACAGCACGAAGAGCUCCUCAGUAAGGCUCGCGGAAUGAUCUUCGACAAAACGAAGAUGGUCAAGAAUCAGGAACUACAGAUAGAGGCGUUGACGACACAAGUUCAAUCGUUGAAGGAUAUAAAUCUUAUUACUAAGGACUUGUUGGAAAUAAGGAACUCCGAAGUGAAGGCUAUGGAGGACCGGCUCCAAGUGAUGGAAGCGCGGUUCAAGGCGGAGAAGGAGCGUUACGAGCUCGUGCUGAAGCGCGCGCAGACCAGCACCAACAUCAACGACGACCUGCGCAAGGAGUACGAGACGCAACUCGGGCUCUUCAAGGAAUUGAGAGAAAAAUACGAGCUAAGAGUCCAAGCAUUGGUAGCGGAAAAUAAUCGGCUGAAGGAAUUGCCAAACGGUGGAACAUCAGGGUAGUUUAUGAAUAGAACAAACAGACAUACAUAUUUUCAAUUUCGUACGAAAUGUAAAUAGACACACAUAUAAGAAAUAAAAUGCACAAAUCGUUAUAUGGUAUUACCAUUUGUUUUUCAUCAGUCCUGGUUUUCAAGUGUUCGGUUUUUCACAUAAAAUUGGGUUUGAACUUUCGCUAUCGAUAAUGUAAUUUUUAUCAUUUCAUAAUUUGAUAACACGAAAUAUUUUCCUCUAAACGAAUUACGAAUAUUGCGAUGUUCAAUAUUUAAACAUCAAAGGCUUACGAAUUCUUUGAAGACCGUCAAAAAUAUAUUCAUACAAAAAAAAACCCUAACGAACAACUUUAAUUGAAUGUGAUUUUUUUUUUUUGGCAAACCAAUGUCAAGUCAAAAUCAAAAUUCUUUUUUCAAUAUAGAAGCGUUAAACUUAUCAUUAUUAUUUUUUCCUCUUUUCUGGCGUGUAUCUACGCUAUUCAGCGCAAAAUAUUCUGCCAAUGUCACGUAUAAAAUGAUAACACAUAUUAUGAGAUUAUUCGGUUUCAAAUUUUGAAUCGUUUAAUGAUGAGUGAAAACUAUGUUAUUCUACAGUAGAUAUCUAGAACAGUAUUUUAAUUUAUAAUUAUAAUAUUUUUUAUAAUUAAAUAAAACACAAACACUUAUUUAUUGAUUGUCUUAAAUCUACCACCGGUUCGGAAAUAAACUCCUCAGACCUGAGGAGACCUUAUCAAAAACAUUAAAGAAAAAAGUUUUGGUAAUCUUGUCUUAAUUUCUAAUAUUUUAAUUGAUUACAUUGUGUGAUUUUUUUAUAGAAUAGGAAGGCGGACGAGCAUAUGGGUCACGUAAUGGUAAGUGGUCACCAACGCCCUUAGACAUUGGCAUUGUAAGAAAUGUUAACCAUCGCUUACAUCACCAAUGCGCCACCAACCUUGGGAACAAGAUGCUAUGUCCCUUGUGCCUGUAAUUAGACUGGCUCACUCAACCUUCAAACUUAAAUUAUUUAUUUAUUUAUUUACUUAUAUUGGCGGAAUAUUUUGUGCUCAAUAGCGUAGUUAAACAGUAACAUAAGAAGAAAAAAACACACUGAUUUUUGGAAUAUCGUGUAAAAUUUUGGUGCAAUUCAAUCGGUUUUUAAUAUAAACGCGAUCGUUACUGCGAGUGUGUCUCAUCGUAUUCGUUCGACAAAUGUGUGCAAUGUAUCAAUGAAAUUGCCUUAAUCUUCGAAUAUUGUUUAAAGUAAUUUCUCUGUUGUGGUCUGUUUAUGUUUCAUGAAUAUUGAAUUGAAAAGGACUAAACGUAUAUAAAGACUGUUUUAUAGAAGGGUGUGAAUUAGUAAAAUUACUAUUUAUAAAAUGUAACGUAAUAUUUUUAACGAAAACGUCUUUUUAAUAAAGUUU